UCAAUGAAAAAAACACCUAAUCAAUCAUCAGGUAUUUCUUUUUAAUAAUUCUAUUUUAAAAGGUCCUAAAUUUAUAAAAGAUGUUACAAAUAAAUCUAGAUCUGAACAUAAUCAAUCUUUUGAUGCAUCCUAUAGCAAGAAUUAUGCUCCUACUUUCAGUAAUUAAAGCAGACUUAAAAGCUAUAGUCAAUAAGCAAAUUUUUUGGAUGAUUUAGAAGAAGAAUAAUAUCCAAAUUAAAUUAAUGUUGCAAUUCAAAAAAGACCAUUUGAAUUAGCAUUAUAGAAUGAACUUCAAAAAAUGUUAUCUAAAAUCAUUGCAGGAUAACAUCUAUCAAUUGAUGAUUGUUAAUCUAUUAUUAGAGUAAUUGAUGAAUGUAUUUAAGAGAGUUUACAAACUUUGAGAUUAAAAGAUGCAGAAGUAUAACUAUAUUAUAAUUAUUAUAGGUUUAAAAUAUCAAAUAAACAUAUGAAUUAAAAAUACAUUAAUAAGAAAAUACUAUUUUGGCUUUGGAAAAUGAAGUUUAAGAACUUAAACAUAUGAUUACAUUAAAUCCAAACGAUUCAAUUAAUUUCAAAUUGUAAUAAUUAGAACAGGAAAAUGAAAUGCUUAAAUUAUAGAAUUAACAAGCCAUUAAAUUAGCUGUCUAAGGAAGAAAUAAGAAAUAAGAAAAAGAACUUUAUGAUGCCAUGAAUAGUAGUAAAUCAAAAUAAAAAGCUUAAGUUAAUAAUUAUUCAAUUUUGCUAAACUAGCAAUAUAAUAAAAUUUAUUAACAAGAUAAGAAGAUUAAAUCAUAGUUAUUUUGA